CUGCAGAGCCAGUUGCACGGCUUCCCACAGGAAAAUUUCUGUUAAAUAUUUGGCUUUUUAUUCUUUAACUCAAAAUUAGGGUUCAAACUUUUAUUUAAAUUAGAAUUUUUUGAAAUAUAAACCUUUUCCAUGAGACAACCAGUGGAACAUCCAUUGUAACAGACUUCCCUCUCUCAAGAGUGACGAGUUACGAGUGACGAGCCACGAGUCACCCCUUGCGAGUUGCGAAAAUGGAGAUAUCUGGAAUCGACACCGAUGGUCGUGAAUUCAAGAAUACAGCGGAGAUGUGGAGGGAGCAAGUCGGCGAAGAUGGCGACUCUCACAAGAAAAUUGAUUGGUAUCGCAAUGGCGUCGGUUACUGGCAAGAAGUGGAUGCUUCAGUGGAUGGUGUUCUUGGUGGUUAUGGGAGUGUGAAUGAAGCAGAUAUUAAGGAAAGUGAAGAUUUUCUUAAAAACCUAUUUUCAGAUCUCUUGUUUGAUACUCCUACCAAUCGUCAUCUUGUUGCUCUAGAUUGUGGCUCAGGCAUUGGUAGAGUGACCAAAAAUCUUCUUAUAAGAUAUUUUAAUGAGGUUGAUCUUCUUGAGCCGGUGUCUCAUUUCCUGGAGGCAGCACGACAGAGUUUAACCCAAGAAGGUGUUGUUGGUGCAGAUGAGCACAAAGCAACAAAUUUUUAUUGUGUCCCCCUACAGGAGUUCACACCGGAUUCUGGAAGAUAUGAUGUCAUAUGGAUACAAUGGUGUAUUGGGCAUCUUACGGACGACGACUUUGUAUCUUUCUUUGAGAAUGCGAAGGCUGGUCUCAAACCAGGGGGAUUUUUCAUUCUUAAGGAGAACACUGCCAGACAAGGAUUCGUGUUAGACAAGGAAGAUCACAGCAUAACAAGGUCUGAUUUAUAUUACAAGGAGCUUUUUCGAAGAUGUGGGCUGCAUCUCUAUAAAACUAAGAAUCAGAAAGAAUUUCCUCAAGAACUGUUCCCAGUAAAGAUGUAUGCAUUGACUACAGAAGUGCCUAAGAGAAGGCAUUCAACAAGAUCUAAUUCUAAACUGCGUGCUAAUAGACCGGGACUCAUCAAGUGAAAGACGUUCCAUAACAUGGCAUUUGUAAAAAUCUUACGGAGCUGCAGCUCCGGGCAUAUGGAUCUUUGCUCACUUGUUUCAUACUUAACUUGUUAGCCGUUGUGCCCGGCAGUGGUAUGUUGUAUAAUUUCUAUUAUUUGGCUUUGGAUUUUGGAGGAUAUGUUUUCUCAGGGCAUUACUUGAUUUAUGUGUGUUGAAUUCAUUUGCAACCCUUGAUUGUUGCUAUUUCGUGUUCAGUAGCUUGUAA